AUGAAUGGCCCUGGCAUGGAGGAAAUUCCGUUUCAGAAAGUCAAAACCCGGCGGAAGAGAAGCCACUGUCCGCCCGCCGUUCCUCUUACCGCCAUCGCGUGCGAGGACGAGUUUGAUUGCAAAGAGCUCGAAUCCCUUUUCCACAACUACAACCUGAAGCUGGAGCAGACCUCUACCCUAAAAGGGCUGGCUGUACUUAUCAUCAUGGCAUCAACCCUGGCUGUGGUGGAGCUGCUCUCUGGUCCUAACCUCACCAUCUCCAAAGGGUCCCAUCCGGUGCACUGCAUUAUAUUCAUCUCGCUGUUCAUUGUAACCAACGUCAAGUACCUGCAGGUGACCCAGUUGCAGCAAAUCGUCAACCUGACCUUGCUCUUCAGUUUCACCUUCUCCUUCCUCAGUUGCCCGUUCCCACACAGCUCGGUCGGGAUGGAGCCGCCGACCGCUCCUGAGCAGGGCAUGUGGCAGCUCAUGUUGGUGACGUUCGUCGCCUAUUCCCUCCUGCCAGUCCGGACACUCUUGGCCAUCGUUUUUGGCAUUAUGGUUGCCAUAUGUCACAUCAUUGUUACGGCUACGUCGGUGACCGUGAAAAAGCAAAAACUGUGGAGAACGUUGGUGGCCAACACAGUGCUCUUCACCAGUGUGAACUUGUCGGGGAUGUUUGUGCGCAUCCUUACAGAGCGGGCUCAGAGGAAAGCCUUUCUGCAGGCACGCAACUGCAUUGAGGAGAGACUACGCAUGGAGGAUGAGAAUGAGAAGCAGGAACGCCUUCUGAUGAGCCUGUUGCCAAGGAAUGUGGCCAUGGAAAUGAAAGAAGACUUCCUAAAGCCCCCUGAGAGGAUUUUCCACAAGAUCUACAUACAGCGGCACGACAACGUCAGUAUCCUGUUUGCUGAUAUCGUGGGCUUCACCAGCUUAGCGUCCCAGUGCACAGCGCAGGAACUUGUCAAGCUGCUGAAUGAACUCUUUGGGAAGUUUGACGAGCUUGCCACGGAGAACCACUGCCGACGCAUUAAGAUCCUGGGCGAUUGCUACUACUGUGUGAGUGGCCUGACCCAGCCCAAAACCGACCACGCACACUGCUGUGUGGAAAUGGGCCUGGACAUGAUUGACACCAUUACGUCAGUGGCAGAGGCGACGGAAGUGGAUCUGAACAUGCGUGUUGGGCUGCACACUGGCCGAGUCCUGUGUGGGGUCCUGGGGCUGAGGAAGUGGCAGUAUGACGUGUGGUCCAACGACGUCACACUGGCUAAUGUCAUGGAGGCCGGGGGACUGCCUGGGAAGGUGCACAUCACCAGGGCCACACUGGAGUGUCUUAACGGGGACUACGAGGUGGAGCCGGGCAACGGCAAAGAGAGGAACGCUUUCCUGCAGAAGCACGAUAUCGACACCUUCUUCAUCGUGCCCUCCCACCGCCGGAAGAUAUUCCCUGGCCUGAUCCUCUCUGACAUCAAACCCGCCAAGAAGAUGAAGUUCAAAACAGUGUGUUACUUGCUGGUGCAACUGAUGCACUGUCGGAAGAUGUUCAAGGCUGAGAUCCCCUUCUCCAACGUCAUGAACUGCGAAGACGGAGACAAAAGACGCGUGUUGCGAUCGGCUCCAGAGAAGCUGCGCAACCGGACGUCGGUGGCGGCCAACGUGACGCAGAGUAGCCCUGGCACGAGGGUCAACCGCUACAUCAGCCGUCUGAUCGAGGCCCGGCAGACGGAGUCCGACACGGCAGACCUGCACUUCCUCACCCUCAUGUACAAAAGCUCCGAAAGGGAACAACGGUACCACCAGCUUCAUGAUGAGUAUUUCACGGGUGCCGUAGUGCUGUCUCUACUCCUCGCUGCCUUGUUUGGACUAGUUUACCUCCUCAUCAUACCUCAGAGGACUGUGGUUCUCGGGCUGCUUGUGUUCUGCAUCUGUUUCCUGGUGGCUUGUAUCAUGUAUUUGCAUAUCACUAGUGUACAGUGUUUUCCAGGGUGCCUCACGAUCCAGAUCCGCACGGCUCUGUGUGUCUUCAUUGUGCUAUUAAUCUACGCUGUUGCCCAGGCCUGUGUGGUGGGCUGCAUGCCAUGGGUGUGGGGCGGGGCCUCCAACUCCACCAGCUCCAUCAUCAUCAUCGACGCGGGCGGCGGCGCCAACCGCACCAUGGACGAGUUGCCGUGCGACGGCGCGCGCUACGCCUUCCUGUCCUGCGUGGUGGGCACGCUGACGCUGGCGCUCUUCCUGCGCGUGUCGUGGCUGCCCAAGAUGGCCAUGCUGCUGCUGCUCGGCAUCCUCUACGUCACCGUGCUGGAGCUCAGCGGCUUCCGCAAGACCUCCGUGGGCCUGACCUCCUUCCACGUGCGGGGGUUCGAGCCCCUCCUCUCCCUGCUGCUCUUCUCCAGUGCCCUGGCCCUGCACUCCAGACAGCUCGACCUCAAGCUCAGGAUGGACUUUCUCUGGGCCACGCAGGCAGAGGAGGAGAGGGACGGCAUGGAGAAAGUGAAGCUGGACAACAAGAGGAUCCUCUUCAACCUGCUGCCUGCCCAUGUGGCCCAGCACUUCCUCAUGUCCAAUCCCAGGAACAUGGAUCUCUACUACCAGUCAUACGCUCAGGUAGGAGUCCUGUUCGCCUCCAUCCCCAACUUCAAUGACUUCUACAUCGAGCUCGACGGAAACAACAUGGGGGUGGAAUGCCUCAGGCUUCUUAACGAGAUUAUCGCCGACUUUGACGAGCUCAUGGACAAAGAGUGUUACAAAGACAUUGAGAAGAUUAAAACCAUUGGCAGCACCUACAUGGCAGCAGUGGGAUUGGUACCCACCAUUGGAACCAAGGCCAAAAAGUCUGCAGCCACACAUCUUAGCACAGUAGCAGACUUUGCCAUCGAGAUGUUUGAUGUUCUGGAUGAAAUCAACUACCAGUCCUACAAUGACUUUGUCUUGCGAGUUGGCAUCAACGUGGGUCCAGUGGUAGCUGGGGUGAUCGGGGCCAGAAGACCACAGUAUGAUAUAUGGGGAAAUACCGUGAACGUGGCCAGUCGCAUGGACAGCACUGGAGUGCCUGGCAAGAUACAGGUGACAGAGGACGUCUACCGCAUGCUGAGGGUCAACUACGACCUGGUGUGCCGCGGCAAGAUCAGCGUCAAGGGCAAAGGGGAGAUGCUCACCUACUUCCUGGAGGGCAAGGCCCAGGGUCCCAACUCGUCCCGCUCCGCCAGCCUGGAGAGGCGAAUGCCCCCCUUGGCAGCCCGCAGCAGCAUCAGGACCAAGGCCGGCAGCAUCUCCUCGGCAACCAGCCUCUCCUUCUCCACGCGCGCCAGCAUGGGCACCAUCCAGACCUCAGCCAGCAACAGCGCCGCCUCGGCCCCGCACCUGCCCUCCACCUGCGUGCCAUGCCUGGGGGAGGAGGAGGAGGAGGAGAUGCGCACAGAGGAAGAGGAGGCGGAGGUGUGA